AAAACUUGUCAAAUUUGAAACCAUAGUAGCAUAGUACAAAUUGAACAACUGAACAAUUAAAAAACUUGUCAAAUUAGAAACCAUUUCUUUAAUAACAAAAACAAUCCAAUCCAAAUUAUCAACCAUGGCCUGGAUUUUCACUAAAUCCACCCUAUUGCUCCUAAUUUUUAAAAUCUUUAUAUCAAGAACAGCAGUAGCAAGUGAUCCAGACAUUCUUUCAGAUUUCAUUGCCCCAGAAAAACAAAUAUCUGUUGAUGCCAAUUACUUUACAUACACCGCGAUGCGCGGUAUAUUUCAAAAACCAGUAGAUAAAUGUACUACAACAAAGGCUACAAAGGCAGAGUUUCCAGUUCUUAAUGGACAAGGAGUGUCACUGGCUGUGCUACAAUUCCCUCCUGGUUCUGUGAACCCGCCUCACUACCAUUCUCGCGCUACUGGACUCUUUCUCCUCCUGGAAGGAGUUUUAGAAGUUGGUUUCGUCGAUACGAAGGAUGUUCUGUAUACUCAGAGAUUAAAAGCAGGGGACAUUUUUCUUUUUCCUAAAGGACUACAACACUAUCAGUAUAAUUAUGAUCAUAAUAAAAAAGCAGUUGGUGUAGCUGCUCUUGGUAGUGCAAGUCCUGGUACCGUUUCAUUGCCAUCCUCAAUUUUUAAUAGUGGAAUUAGUGAAUUGGUACUUGCUAAGUCAUUUAAGACUGAUGUUAAGACCAUUAAGAGGAUCAAAACAGCAACCACAACACCCUGAUGUCAAAGGCUUUCUCUGGAUUGAUGGAGGCGAAUCUAGGAUUUAAAUUUGAUAUAUUCAAUUUUUAAGAUUCGCAGGAUUGUAUUCAUUAUGGAUUCAGAUUUAAUAAAUCCUGAUAUUUUAUUUGCUUUGUA